AUUUGUUUUUACUAUAUUAUCAAUAAAUCAAUUUUAAAAAAUAUGGCUAAAAAUACCUCAAGUUCAGCAUUCCGUAAAAUCGAUAUUGAUCAGUACAAUGAAGAUAAUUUUCGAGAAGAUGAAGCUGAUCCCUCAGUUCCCGCUGGGCCUGAUGAAGGAGAAGUUUGUGCGCUUCUUAAUCAAGCUAAAUAUGUUGAUGCACUCAAGCAUGUGUUAAACCAUGCUCCAAUUGGAACAUCAGAUCAACAAGUAAAAGACAAUGCAUUAGCAUUGACAUUGAAAGUUCUGCUAGCAAUCAAGUCUGCUCAAAUUGAAGAAGUUGUUGGAAGUCUUUCCUUGGAUGACAUUGACAUAUUGAUGAAAUAUAUUUACAGGGGAUUUGAAUACCCAUCUGAAGGAUCGAGUGGACAUCUACUCUUGUGGCAUGAAAAGGCAUUUAACAUUGGGGGUUCUGGAUCCAUUGUGCGAGUGCUGUCAGAUAGAAUGAAAGUUUAAUAAAGUUUUGUUUUGUAUUAUGUCUAUAUUGUGUACUACCUAUUAUUAUUAUGUUUAAUAAAUUAUUCCAUAAUUCGAAA